ACACCCACAUUAACGUCAAACUGCAACUGUUGUUAAGAAAACAAGCAAAAAUCAUGAUGAUGUUGCCGCUUAUUUGGUGAUGGCAGAACGAAGAGGAUGUCACGCCGCAAGCAGAGCAACCCAAAGCCAAUAAAGCGUAAGUCACUUCACUGUACUACAUGUUACGUGCCUAGUCGACACCCUUCAGGUUCUAUCGAAUCUCCGAGAAGACAUCGAGUAACAAGUAGCAGGCCAGAUAUUCGGAACGCUCAAGGGGAAGAUGAAGAGUGGAGCGAUUCAGAGAAAACCCCUUCGGUAAGCAGUGGCAUCGACGGUGGUGGAUCGGGGGUGUCUAGUCCUGCGGCGCAUCCUGGGGAGGACGAGUCCAGUCUCCCACCACCUCCACGGUUGAAUUCAGCCGAAGAAAUUCGACCGAGGUUACAGACCGUUCUUCCCGAAGAUGUGCGCAAGCGGCUCGGCAACAGGGCUGAGGAAAUCGAGGCAUGUGCUAAAAAGCUACAAGAGCGGGAGGCUGCACUACGAACGACCCGUGACCUGAGCCCAAAAAAUCAUCGAGGAAAGGAGGACGCAGACGAUGACGUGGUCGAGACGAUCAAGAGCUCGAACGAGACACGAAGAUGCUCACCACCGUCGUCGUCGAAGAGAAAAGAGGCGCGCAGAGCCCUCGGCGACCUUCGACGACUCGAUGAAUCUCCGGUCCAAGCUAAGAAGAUGAAGCUCGACGAUGAAGUUACUCCUAAAUUGAGACUGAAUGCUAGUCUGGCGACUGAUCCUGCCCUUCGACCCGCAACUGUCGCCGCUUUAACUAUCCAACCGGAUAACAAGUCGACCGCUAACCUUACUCCACCCCUUCCUGCUGCGCUUCAAAAAGCGAUAACAUCGGGGAGGUUAUUUAUUCUGCCAACGGACGGUAAGGAGGCAAUAACAGUAGAACCCUCGCGUCCAGCGCCGCUGAUCUGUCCACCCUGCGGAAUUCGGUUCAGUUCCGCGAGCACGCUGGAGGCGCACCGGACGUUUUACUGUGCGCACCGGCCUCGCGCCGACGAAGAGAGCGCGAACGACGAGGACGACGAGAAAUCGGGGAAGUUCGACAUCCGAAAGGCAUACGCGUGCCCUCACUGUUCAUACAGUGCGGACAAGAAGGUCUCGCUCAACAGGCACAUGAGGAUGCACGCCGCCUCGCCGGUCCCACCGUCGAUGGCAGGAACGGGCCCAACGACGCCAGGCAGUCCCUCUAACGGAUCGAUCUUGAACGAGGAGGCCGAACGGUAUUGCAGGAACUGCGAUAUCAGGUUCAGCUCUCUGAAGACGUACCGUGCCCACAAAACUCACUACUGCAGCACGAGGCACGUGGUCAAAGACGCCCCGCCGCCGCCACUGAAGGCGUCGCCCCCCGCCUCUUCGAGCCCGGGAGAUUCGCCGCCCCCGCAGCCGUGCCUCGCGUUACCAACGAAUCCGAUCCUGAUCGUCCCUUAUUCGCUCUUCCGGGGGGCGAGCGUCCUGACGGCGCCGGCGCUUCCGACCCCCGACACCGCGUGCUUCCUGCUACCAAACGGGGCCUUGCAGCCGAUGACGCGGGGCCUAACGGCCCCGCCGUCGACGACCGAGGCGCCGACGGUCCUCCGGGCGGCAAACAAGCCUUCGACACCGGCUUCUGUGAACUCCACGUCGAACCUCCCCUCCGCCGCCGCCGCAGCCGCCGCCGCCCCCCUGGAUCUCAGCGUCAGACGCUUCCUUGUGCCCCAGGACGAAAAGGAGAACCGCGUUUCGCCCGCCCCUUCGCUACCCCCACCCCCCGGCAGCCCGAGGUCCAGGGGGUCCAGCAGUCCUAGGGCCAGAUCGCUGCCUGCUGGUCAAACCAGCCCGGCGCCCGUUCCUUCGACUGAACUCGCCCUCAGGCUAGCAGAGCUUCCGCCACCCCCGGUUCCUGGGGUACUUGUCAAACAGGGUGUUUCCAGAUGUAAGGAGUGCAACAUCGUGUUUUGCCGCCACGAGAACUUUGUGGCGCACAAAAAGCACUAUUGUCAGGCAAGGGAAAACCCAAUCAGCAGUCCACCUCCUUCGGGAACGCCGUCUCCACCCUUGUACCAGCUGAUAUGUGCACCUUGCGGAAUAAAAUUCGCAUCCUUCGACAACCUAACCGCCCAUCAAGCCUUCUAUUGCAAUAAAAGGCCCGAGCCUCUGGAACAUCAGGCUCGAUGUCCAAAGUGCAAGGCAUUAAUUGAGCCCGGUGCAAACCACACGUGUACCGCUGGACCCACCGGAAGUUGGCCAUGUCCAGUUUGCGGAUUGGUCAGUCCUACCGCUGGAGCUGCGCAGAGGCACAUAGACGCUCAUCAGGGGGUCAAAGCCUUCCGAUGUACGAUUUGUCGGUAUAAGGGAAAUACGCUUCGUGGUAUGAGGACGCACAUUAGGAUGCACUUCGAGAAGAGGGGGACCGACCUGCAGGAAGAAAAUUACAUAACCUGCGUCCUGGAGGACGAAACGACGGUUCAAACGACUCCUGAACCAGCGCCAGCGACGACGCCGGAAGAGAUUCCUGUGGCUGAAGCGGUCGUUCAGCAGCAGCAGUCGGUAAACGGAACGGCCGAAGUAAGGAAAAGCAGCCCACAACCGGCGGUGACGACAGCGUCGACGCCCAACAGCGGCGGGAACGUGAAACAGGAACGCGAAGACACGCCGCCCCCUGAAGAGAGUCUUGACCCCGCUAAGGCUGGACCAAGGUAUUGUCACUCAUGUGACAUCAGCUUUAACUAUCUGAGUACCUUCAUAGCACACAAGAAAUUUUAUUGCUCAAGCCACGCGGGGGAAGCCAGCAACAACAAUAACAACUCGACGUCCACGCCACACGUUCAGGAAACCGCAACAACUCCUGCUAGCAGGACUGAAGCAUCCGUACUUUAGAAUUUAUAAUCAUUUGGCAAAGGCCAAAUGUUGCAUCAUGUUACGAAAUGUUCGUUAUAAAGUCGCUCGUUGUAAGAUCGCGGUGUUUUCCAAACGAUCAAAAGACUAGAGUUUUUUUUAUACACCCAAUUCGUUGUGGCGGUUCUCGUAAUCGGCUUCAUAACGAACAACUACAGUUUCAUUCCAAUUAUCUUGGUGAAAAUUUUUUUUCUGCGAAAUCGUGCAAUCGAAUAUUUCUGUCUAAUUU